AUGUGUCUGCGCCUUGGCGGCUUGAGUGUGGCUGACUUCCGGAAGGUGCUGAUGAAGACGGGGCUGGUGCUGGUGGUGCUGGGCCACGUGAGCUUCGUUGCAGCCGCUCUGCUCCAUGGCACUGUGCUGCGCUACGUGGCUCCCCCCCACGAUGCUGUGGCUCUGCAGUACUGCGUGGUCAACAUCUUCUCUGUCACCUCUGCCAUUGUGGUCAUCACCUCAGGCAUUGCUGCCAUUGUGUUGUCACGCUACCUCCCCAGCAUCCCCCUGCGCUGGACAGUGUUCGGCUCAAGCGUGGCGUGUGCCCUUCUCUCACUGACCUGCGCCCUCGGCCUCUUGGCCUCGAUGGCCGUGACCCUUGCCACCCAGGGCCGGUCACUGCUGGCUGCCUGCACCUUUGGGAGCCCUGAACUGCUGGCGCUCGCACCUGACUGUCCCUUUGACCCCACACGCGUUUAUAGCUCCAGCCUGUGCCUCUGGGGAAUUGCGCUGGUGUUCUGCGUGGCAGAGAGCGUGUUUGCUGUGCGCUGCGCCCAGUUCACCCACCAUUUGCUGGAACUGAGACCCUGGUGGGGGAAAAGCAGCCAUCAUCCCGAAGAGACCCAGACCCAGUGGGCCUGGCAGCCUCCUGUAUCUCCACAGAUACUGGAGAGCCCAGAGCCCACGGAGGGCUGCGACGUGCUGAACUGCACCAGCUCGGAGCUGCUGACCCUCUGA